AUGGAACAGAUCACACGGGCAUCGUGGCCUACACUUGUCGUCGCGCUGCUCAGUCUUGCCGCCAUUGGUCUUCUCACGAUCUUUGUCACCCUCCACCUCAUCGCCCCGAAGCCCCGCGCCGUCCUCCCCUCCGAGAAGGUCUACCUCACCUCUUCCGCCUCCGGAAACCCGAUCAAGAUCUCCGCGCCUUGUUGGUUCGACCGUUGGUUCGCCGAGCGCAGCGUCUCCGAAGCUCGCGCACACCUGACCGACCCUCGCGACAUUCCCGACUCGGGUGCGACCAUCGACCCCGCCGACGUGCGCCUCACCGUCGUACUCCCUGCCUACAAUGAAGAAACUCGCAUCCUGCCCACCCUCGAGGAGGCGGUCGCCUAUCUCGAUGAGAACUUUGGCCGGCCCUCAUCGCCGUCCAAACCCCUCCUCAGUCCUACCGCGCCGCGUCGCCGUGCCAAGAACCCGCCUUCCGAGUCCCUGAGCGGCUACGAGAUCCUGGUUGUCGACGACGGCUCCCGAGACCGCACCGUCGAUGUCUGCCUCGAAUUUGCGCAGAAGAGGGGCCUCCACGAUGUCAUCCGCAUCGUCAAGCUUGAGCGUAACCGUGGGAAGGGCGGCGCCGUUACCCACGGCUUCCGCCACGCCCGCGGCGAAUAUGUGCUAUUUGCCGACGCCGAUGGCGCGACCAAGUUCAGCGACCUGGGCCGUCUGAUCCAGGGCUGCGAGGAUGUCGUGGAUGGUUCUCACCGCGGUGUUGCUAUCGGCAGCCGCGCCCACCUCGUCGGCAGCGAGGCCGUUGUCAAGCGAUCUGCUCUCCGUAAUUUCCUCAUGCGCUCUUUCCACCUCGUCCUCAUGAUUCUCACUCCACCCGCCACAUCUCGCCUCCGUGACACCCAGUGCGGCUUCAAGCUCUUCACGCGCGCCGCCCUCCCGCACAUCAUUCCCUACAUGCACGCCGAGGGCUGGAUCUUUGACAUAGAGAUGCUCCUCCUCGCCGAGUCGGCCCCGCCCGCACCCGUCUUCGGGGACGACGGCAGUGUUAUUGGCACCAGCCCCGGAAUCCGCGUCGCCGAGGUGCCCGUCGACUGGCACGAGGUUCCCGGUAGCAAGCUCAGCGUUAUCUCGGACAGCAUCAAGAUGGCCAUCGGCCUGGCGGUGCUCAGGGGUAGCUGGAUGAUGGGCGUCUAUCGUCGAAGGCUCACAUAG